AUGGCGGUGCGAGAAACUGUAGAAGAUUUAUAUGGCCUCUCAAUUAGGGGUUUUAGAACCGGUUACCGUUUUGUAUUGUGCGUCGAUGCCAGUUUUCUUAAGCACAAGGAAUGGUUUCAUAAUACAAGAGAAAAAGCAGACAAUCACAAAGUACGUUUAUCUCAAUAUUAUGAAAAGUUUUUACGUGAGCAAAUUGAGAAGACGAGACUGUAUAACGUCAAUCCACUUAACCGAUUCGAGUUUUAUGUGCAUAACGGUGAAUCUCAUUUUAAAGUUAACUUACACGGAAUGACUUGUAGUUGUAGGUUAUUUGAUGUAUCUGGUCUUCUUUGUACCCAUGCCCUAGUUGUUGCCCGUACCCGAAAAUUGGAUCCCUAUGACUUCUGCUCAAGAGACAUGUUAUCCAGUUUGUCAUCAAAACGAUUGGAUAUUCCUGAAAAUAUCAAGCAACGAGUGUGCCUAAAACCACCUGUUAAGGUGAAGAAAAGACGGCCAACAACAAAUUGUAGGUCAUCCCAAGAUGAGCCUCAUAAGGUCCAAAGACGAUGCAGCUCAUGUGGUGGUCAAGGUCAUAACAAAGCAACAUGCAAAUCAGUUAUGCCUGCACCAUCUACUGCAAGAGCAUCAUCUCAGUAG